GCACAGUUAUGAUACGUAUUUCACAAAAAUAAAACGGCUGCCCCAAUCGUCCGUUGAGGUUUGUGAAGUCAAAUUCAUUAUGAUUCGCAGGCGAAUUUCGUGUUUCUCGUUCGGUUUAUUUCUUCUACUGAGCAUAGUAAAUCUCAGCGAAUCUAUCGUUGGUGGGAAACAUGCGGCAACACCACCGGUUGAUGAUCCAGUUGUGUUUGUGAGAUAUGCCGGAAAGUCUGCCCGAGUGGAGGGAACUAGAAACCGCCAAACUGGUCUGUACUCAUUCCGGGGGAUAUUUUACGCGGAGGCACCUACACGUGAACAUCGAUUCCAGAGGCCGAGAUUUAGAAGACUUAGUGGAUAUAUCAACGCGAUCCGUAAUGGUCCACCGUGUCCACAGCCAGAGCCAAACAAUCCUUACAGAGUGAUUGGAAAAGAAGAUUGUUUGUUGCUCAAUAUCUACACUCCCCAAAUGCCGGAUGAAACCACCGGGCUACCAGUGGUGAUAUGGAUUCACGGUGGCGGUUAUCGGUAUGGAUCGGCAGCACAGUAUGGAGCAGAGCCCUUGACACAGAAUGGCGUAAUAUUCGUUCCUAUACAGUAUCGACUGGGAUCGUUCGGUAUUCUAGGAGAUGGGAGUCGAGAAUUUUCUGGUAAUUUGGCGUUGCUGGAUAUGGCGACCGCCGUGCGCUGGGUGAAAGAUUACAUUUCUUGGUUCGGCGGUGAUCCUACUCAAAUCAAAGUGAUUGGACAAGGUUCGGGAGCGACAGCGGCAAUGGUGUUGUCCGCUGCAACGGUGGCUAGCAACUCGAUUAGUGGGGUUGUGGCAAUGUCGGGGUCGCCAUUGCAGCCGAAUUCAUACGAGACAGAACCCAUGAUGUCGCUGCAUGAGAUUGUUACGAAACAUGAUUGUUCCUCCGGGAAUGAGAACGAGAUUGUGAAGUGUAUGAGGGGAAGAUCAGUUGAGGAUAUUAUCAAAAUCGAUGGCGAUCUACAAGUUAGUCGAUUGAGUGGUCAAAAUAUUGUGAAAUCUUUAACCGGAUAUGUUGGUGUUGCUCCGAAUGUGGAACAGAAAAAUGACGGUCGUGGACUGUUGGGUGUGCUUACUGAUAAGCCAGAAAUGUUUAUCAAAGAAGGGAAUGUUUUCUCAACUCCUUUGCUAGUUGGUGUUACAAAAGAUGAAACCGCCAAUGGUAUAGACAUCAAAGAGAUUGAAUCUUCUUUUGCAUCGGUCACAAAUUUUAUGCAAAGUACAAGCAAAAUCGUUGGAUUGAAUAGUUUUUUGAACGUGAAUAAGUCCGUUAAUCUAUUGGAUUCCUUUGGGAGUGUGUUAAGUUUACAGCAGUAUUUAGAAUUCCCAAAAUCAUUGGGCGUAACUCAAGUAUUCAAUAAGCUUGUGGAAACAACAACUGAUGCCUUGUUCAAUCUACCCGCGGUGGUAACUGCCCAACUCUGGAGCAAAUCAUCGAAGGCAUAUUUCUACAGCUUUGAGCACAGAUCCGAAAAUACCAGGGGUAGCGCUUUUUUUCCAGAACUUCCGCUGGUAUCUAAAAUAAGUUCGGAAAAACAGGAAGAGACCAUCGCACACGGCGAUGAACUUGGAAUACUUUUCGAUACGUACGACAUUUAUGGGAAUUUAAUUGAAGGAGCGAGCCUAAAAUCCAAGCGAGAUAUCAAGGCAAGGCAAUCAUUUGCGACAUUGAUUGCAAAGUUUGUUCAUAUGAAUGCUAGUAACCCUCGAGAUGAUAGUCUGUUCAAGCCUUUCUCUAGCAAGGGUUCGCCGUACAUUAAAAUCGGCGAAACGAUUUCCACGGCGAACGAUUUCAGAUUUUGUCAGUUAUCACUCUGGGGAGCAAAGUUGGAGGCAGCAGAAUCAGUGUCUUGUAGCUCGCUAGGGGACGGGCUUGGAAACUUAAAUAAAGUUGUUGGCGGAUUUACAAAUAUCAUCGGUGGGACGCAACGUCCUCAAUCCAUGCCUUCCAAACUGUUCGGGAUAUUUUAGUUGAGUGUGGAGUACUGAAAAAGAAAUUGGACAAAUUAUAUUUUACCUUCUUCAAGUGAUAAUCUGAAACUCAAAAUUUGUAUGGAUAUGAAAUAA